AUGGCGAAAAAACUACGACCGUGGCUUGCCUACUCCGUUAGCAAAGGCAGAGUUUAUUGCGUUCCAUGCCUUUUAUUUGGGGAGAAAUCGUCUUUUGCCAAAGGUGGAUUCAACGACUGGAAGAAUGCUAGACAUCGCAUCACACUUCACGAAAAUUCCAACGGUCAUCAUGAUUGCAGUACUCAAUUCCUGUUCUUGAAUCCAGGGAGAAUCGAUGCAAAUAUCACACUUUUACAUGAGCAAGAAAUCUCUUACUGGCGAAAUGUUUUGAAAAGAGUCGUGGCCGUAAUAAAAGCUUUAGCCUCACGGGGACUUCCAUUCAGAGGUGACAACGAAAAAUUCGGUUCACAACAUAACGGCAACUACAUGAUGCUACUAGAAUUAAUCGCUCAAUUCGAUCCAUUCCUCGCCGAACAUAUUACCAGAUUUGGAAAUAAAGGACACAAAGCUGAGAAUCUUGAAAAUGCAAUUCUGUCAACUCACGAAUCCCUUAUAAGGGAUAGCAUCAACAUCAACGAUUGUCGAGGACAAGCGUACGAUACCGCUGCAAACAUGUCUGGGCCGUACACAGGACUUCAAGCGAGAAUCAAAGAAAUCAACAAAUACGCCGAUUAUACGCCUUGUGCUGCUCAUUCUUUGAAUUUAGUUGGAAAACAUGCGGCAGAAAGUUGUCCGAUGGCCGUAACGUAUUUUGCAACGAUCCAAAACGUGUACAAUUUUUUUUCUGCGUCAACCCACCGCUGGGAAAUCUUGACGAAACACUAUGCAAAUUCUGAAUCUGGACGCAUAGUUACUGUAAAGUCACUUUCAGGCACUAGUUGGUCAGCUCAAGAUGAUGCCGUUCACGCUCUUGAACAUCAUUUCCCAGCAGAAAGCCAUCCAUCUUUUGGAUCGACAUCGGACGAAACCAAGGAGACAGUUCUUAAUUUGGUAGGCAAACAUCUGGAAACUAGCACCAGAUAA